AUGUUUCUAGCCUAUCCUAUAGAAAGAAUAGAUCCUGAUAAUUCUGAAUUAAAAGAUGAACGGCGAUAUCCAAAUGGAACAGUUGUGGGAACAUAUACGUAUAAAGAUAGGGAAGGCAAUCCUGUACACGUGAAAUACUUUGCUGACGAUUCAAGUUAUGGUGUGGAACUGAAAAGUUUUAAAGUCGCGGAUUCAAAAUUUCCACUUGAACAACAAAAAUCUGACUUUUCUGUGAAAACCGUUGAUAUGAAAGUUGAUAAAGGUUUUGGGUUAUUCGAUGAUAAAACUCAACCGGUCCCUAAAUCAGAGUUUGAGGUUUAUAUGGAAAACGAGAUCAAGCCAGAAAAAUGCGGCACAGAGAAAGUUCGUGUAUAUUAUGACAAGAAUAAUAAAAGAAAGAUAAGAAACGCUUUUAAUCCAUACGAAUCGUUCCGUUCAUGUCAAGGUUUUUAA